AUAGAUAUAUUUUUAAUUUGUAUUCAUUAUCCUUUAAGCCAUAUAUAAUCCCUCUGUAGUCGACUUCAUGUGGAUCAUCUAAACUCAUCAUCGGCCGAUUUUUUACUCUACAAUUGUAAUGGAGCAGCCGAAAAAUAAUCAAGAUCAGCAACAACCAAACAACGAUCUCAAUUUACAAAUUGAUCCUCCUCCGGUGAAUGCAAGCAGUUAUUCGUAUGCCAACCUUGGUUCUGACACACUCUACAACUAUGGAUUGUCAAUUGGUGAAAGUAGUAAAUCUAAUGAAGAAUUUGAAGAUGCAGAAAUCGAAAAUUACUCAUCUAAUGACGAUGAUAUAGCGCAGAAUAUUGAUCUAAUGCGUGAACAAUCAGUUGCUGAUCAUGAUUACGUUUCCCCUGGUGGGUCACUGUAUUGGACUCCAAAAGUAUCUGAUCAUAUUAAGCCAAAGAUUAAAUCAGUAUACGAUUCAUAUGCUGAUGCUGUUAGAAUGUAUAGAAACUAUGCAUUAGAAGUUGGAUUUGAUGUUAGACUUAGGACUCUUAGAACAUCAAUGUUCCGUGUUAUUACGGAAAGACAUUUAUUGUGUAAUCGUGAAUGUAAGCCCAACACUGGUAAAGUGGAUACUUUGGACAUUCAACACAACAAGCCUAAAAGAAGAAAAGAUUAA